AUGCAGUGCGCUACUUGGUUAUGCUCUCAAUAUAAGUUAUGUGUCAGGACGCGCAGUAAACCUUCGUACAAGUAUUCUUUCUUCCGCUGCUCUUGUGCUACACGACGAGACCUAAACAGUUAUCAUUACACGUAUAAGAAAAGAAAGGGGGUAGGCUACCAAUAUUAUAAAGCAUACGGUCAGCAAGGAGAAACAGUGUACCACAAAACAAAGACAAACCCUCCUCACGCAUCUACCCCAGAAGAAUCAAGACUAGGAAAAGUAAUCCCGAUAAUCCUUCCUUCCAAAAUCGCACCUAAACUUCUCUUGCAUAUCCAUGACAUCCCGCAAAUGCCGUACCCCGAGCGCCUCCUUUCUCGCCUCUGCCAAACUCAGGGCCAGCUCAACUGCUCGCUCAACGUCGCGGCCACUGAGGUUGUUCUCCACGAGUUUCCCAUAGUCUUUAUCACUGAAUGCCUCGGUCUUCCAGAGAUCCUGACCCGUAACUCGGCGAAUGGCUCGCUCGAGGAUGAUGCUUUUACCUUUUCUGUCUGGCUUUUCAAACUUUUGGACAAAGUCAAUCCGCGAUUGAUAUGCCUCUUCGAAUACCUUGAUCUAUUGUUAGUUUCAAUGUGGCAUGUAACAGCAUUUAGUGGUCGUUUAUCGCGCGUAUUGCUCAACUUACCUGGAUGGUAUUGCAUGUUAAGAAGAUGA